AUGGCCGGAAAUGGCGCGCAUGCACAGCCACGGGUCUCGCACAUCAUCACUGCGACCCAGCGCACUCCAACUCCCGCCAUACCUCCCGACGAAUCACAGUCCACUUCAACGAAUCAGAGCCAGAACAUGUCUGCGCCAGCCGUCGCAUCUGGGUCCGCUUACAUCGGCGGUGCACCCCUCACGCGCUGCUCCCCGCGCCAGCCGCAGUCCCCGACGAUGUCACCCCCACCCACGCCCAACACCGCGCAGCUCUCCUUCGGUCACGGAGCGCACGCGAACCAAACCAGCUCAAACGCACAGAGCGCGUCGCGCAGGUCGUAACGGCCAAUACGAUACCCAGAAUCCAGAAAAGGGGCGCAUGUACGAUUGUACCAACAACACGAGCAUGAGCGACGGGGAGAGGGAGAGUUGUCUGUAUCAUCAGUUUCUGCAUUUCUGCAUGGGUUUAGGGAGACGUUUCGGAUGUUACCUCGAACAAUUAGCAAGCAAUG